AUGCGUGGACUUUCUGGUUAUCACAUCAUGAUAGUCUCGAAGUACUUCGACGACUUUGGAAACUUUAUUAACUUGGAGUUGGUAUGCAAGAAGUUUGGUGGUAAUAUGGAGAAGUUCCACUUCAACCCGAUUCCGUUAAAUUCCAAAACACUUGGAUACUUUCCAAACAUCGAGACACUUCACUUGUGGAAUAAAAAGGAUGAGAACUUUGGCAAUGAAUUUAUGAUCAACAGAAGAGAAAAUGGAGAUAUGGAAAAUAAAAAUGUUUUAAAGAAUAAGUUCUAUCGAAUCAUCGUGUGGUUCAGUGUUAACUUUGUAAUUGUUGACAGAAACAAAAAUCGAAACAUUGAGUUUAAAAAUGUCACUUACACUCAAAUUGAUAGAAAGAAAUUUGGUAACAACAUACCAUCAAGUGUGACAUCUAUUGGUGAUAAAUGUUUCAGUUUUUGCGGUAGUUUGACAAGUGUUACAAUACCAUCGAGUGUUAGUUCAAUUGGUGAAGGUUGUUUCAGUGGAUGCAGUAAUUUGGGUAGUGUUACAAUACCAUCAAGUGUCACAUCAAUUGGUUAUUGUUGUUUCAGUGGAUGCAGUAGUCUGAGGAGUAUUACAAUACCAUCAAGUGUGAGAUCAAUUGGUGGUAGUUGUUUCUGUAAAUGCAGUAGUUUAAGCAGUAUUACAAUACCAUCAAGUAUAAGAUCAAUUGGUGGUUAUUGUUUUUAUGAAUGCAGUAGUUUGAUUGUUAUUACAAUACCAUCAAGUGUGAGAUUAAUUAAUGAUUGGUGUUUCAGUGGAUGCAGUAGUUUGAGUAGUGUUACAAUACCAUCAAGUGUGACAUCAAUUGGUUAUAGAUGUUUUUAUAGAUGCAGUAGUUUAAGCAGUUAUACGUGGAGGCUCCUAAAGCCGGCCCCCCUCCCCCACCCACUUCCUGGGAACAGAGAUUACCUAAAUGUAAGAUUGUGUAAAAUGGUGAGUAUAUACCACGUCAUCAAAUAA